GCUCAUUUACAGGUAUGUGGCCUAGACCUUGAGCAAAAGCGAACGACGCCAUUGUAAUUGGGUUACUUAACAUCUUUAACAUGCGCUUUGAGCCGCUGGGUCAGAAAAUGUUCACACGUCGCAAUUGGCUGCUGCGGUGCAGCAUUCUCAUAAAUGUGGCUGUUUUGCUCUACAUCGGCUGCAUCCUGAUGAACGGCGGUGGCAACAAUUUCACCAGCGGCGGCGGAUUUUUGCUGCAGGAGCAACAGCCGCCGGCGGUAGCCUCAUUACAGGCGGCUCCACUGCUGCCACAGCAACCGCCCACGUCCAAAAAUGCAGAGGCGGCUUUUGCAGAGGAGAAACUCUUGGCCGUCGGCACAGGCAAUGCCAACUCAGAGUCAGCCGCAGCUGCUGCACCUCCGGCCGCAGUAGUCAACGACAGUGGCUUGCCUUCCAAUUCAGUGGAUCCUGUCCAGGUGGUUGGCAACAUUGGCAGCAGCAGCUCAAUGUCAGAGCUGAACAACACACAGCCGGAUAGCUACAUAGUUACCGGCGAUGAGAAGGAGUUGGAUGAGCGCGUGCGGACACUGCUCAAUUGCUUUGAUCGCGAUUAUAAUCAGCAGACGCUACAACGCGGUGAUUUCUGGGUGCUCCAGAACUAUGUGAGAGCCGAUCAUGGCGAGAUCAAGUGCCACGAGUCCAUUACCUAUACAACGCAUGCGGAUUACACCUUUCUGGACAAUCUGGUGCCGCUGCUGCAACGCUGGAAUGCGCCCAUUAGCAUAGCUAUGCAUGCGCCCGGCACGGAUUUCCAGCCCACGCUGGACUCCAUCAAAUAUUUGCGGGACUGUGCGCCCGAUAAUCAACUGGUGCGCGCAUAUGCCACCUUCCACGUUUACUUCGGCACCAAGCACAUACCCAAGAGCGUGCCCAAGGCACAGGAUGCUCUGAAGACUGGCUACAACUGCUCGCUGCCGGCGCCCUACUUCAAUGUCAGCUCCGGGCACUUGUACAAGGCGCAGAAGAAGCUGCUCUACCCGGUCAAUGUGGGUCGCAACAUUGCGCGUGAUGCCGCCCUCACACACUUCAUCCUCGCCUCGGAUAUCGAACUGUAUCCGAAUCCUGGACUGGUCAAGAAAUUCCUCGAGAUGAUUGCUCGCAACGAACAGUAUUUGAGGCGCAAGGCGCCCAGAGUUUUUCCAUUGAGCAUAUUCGAGGUGGAUGAGAACUCUCCGGUGCCGCACGAUAAGACGGAGCUGCAGGAGUUUCUGCGCACCGGGAAGGCCAUACCCUUCCAUAAGCGGGUGUGCGCCAGUUGUCACGGCGUGCCCAAGUCCAAGGAGUGGAUGGCGGCCAACGAGACGGACGAGCUGAGUGUGUUUCACAUAGGCAAGCGCACCGGCUACUAUGUGCACUGGGAGCCCAUUUAUAUUGGCACCCAUGCGGAUCCCCACUACGACGAGCGGCUCAGCUGGGAGGGCAAGAGCGACAAGAUGACGCAGGGUUACUCGCUGUGCGUGCUGGACUACGAGUUCCACAUACUGGACAAUGCGUUUCUGGUGCACAAGCCGGGCAUCAAGGUCCUGAAGAAGGACAAUCGGCGCGCGAUGCUGGCGGGCAAAACGAAUCAGCUGAUACGCAAGAUCAUCUAUCCCGAGCUGAAGAUCAUGUACGGCAUGCGCAAGGGCUGUGCGAUAUAGUAACUAAUCAUGAAGCACAGUUGAGCGUCGACUUCUUCAAGACUGCAGCAGCAGCUGCAACGGCUGCACAAGCAAAAGCAGGAGGAGCGAAAUACACUAUUUAUAUUCGCAAUGCUAUAGAGAGCGAGAGGGACUGCAUCGAAUGGCCAUGCCAUGCUAAUCUGUCCUUCUAUCCUACGUAUAUAUAUAUAUCUAUUCUAUUUCCUAGAGGCCCUUCCUUACGGCGCGCUCGUCUACGUGUACAUGUGUAUGUGUGUGCGUGUGUGUGUGUGUGUGUGUGUGUGUGUGUGUGCUUGUGUGUACGUAUGUGUGCGUGUGUUUUACAGUUAGUAUUAGUUAGUUAGCUUAGGCCUAGAGAAUUACUUAGGUUUAUGGACGAGUCGAGUUCGGAGCGGGUGUUUUUUUCUACUCUAUAUGCAUAAGCGAAGCCUUAGGAGCACGGCUUAAGUACGUUAAACGUAGUUAGUUGUUGUUGUUUCUUUUUUAAAUGCUGAACAUAAUUAGGGUUAGUUAGUUAGCCGGAGCUGCCAUACAGCUGAAGAGUUUCUCGAGGAUUCUAUAGAGCUCACAUCAUUUCCAUGCAAUGCAGCCUCCAUACGAUUGCAGGGGAAUCCAAUCUUUGCAGUCGCACACGCUGCAUUGGCAGUCAUUAUGAUUUAGUUCUGCUUCCAAUUAUCGAUUAAGCAUCAUUAAUGUAAUUUCAUUAUAAUUUGAAUUUCGUACUUCCCCUUAACUAUGUUUUCAUAAGAAAUAAAGAUGAUAAACCCGUUAUUGUAUAUCAACUGCCAUUGAAUGGUUGUUAGGUUGAUUUGCUCUUCGAGGCAUAUAGAAAUUCCUAGCCACAAUAGUCUAACCAUUUAUAUAUCUAAAUAUAUGUAUAUGCUAUGUAGGCCAACAUUUGGGGUCGUCUACUAGGCCGAACUUCUCAGAGUUUAAGUUGCGAAGCGAAUAUACGGAUAAAGUGUGGGGGCAACAAAUAGGCUUAGGCAACUAGUUGAAGUUAAUCUUAGAGCUAGACAGCAGCAAUUGAAAACAAACAAAAGCCGCUACAAAAUAAAAGUUUAAAACGUUUAAUAAUUAAAUGAAUUACAUAGACUUGGGAAACGUUUAAAAUUAGAAUGCUGAACAAUUGAAGAAUACAUAUAAUGCAUACAGACUUACGAGUAUAUAGAUAUACAUAUAUAGAUCUAAUAGAAGAAGAAGAGGAAAACAAAUUACAAUUAUACAGAAACCUUGAUGAGAAUGAUGUUCAAGUUGAAUGCCUAAAAUUAAACAAUUAACGAAACAAUUAA